AUGGGCUCGAGUGCAGACAAAGUAGAAACCCACUUGUGCAGGCACGCAAUGAAACCAUCUAAUAGGGAGAAAAACCAAAACCAGCGAUGUAUUCCAUACGACUACAACAGAGUUGUGCUGGAUACGAUAGAAGGACAAACAGACUCCGAUUAUAUUAAUGCCUCUUACGUAGACAGUUUACUGAAACCAAACGCCUACAUCGUGACUCAGGGACCCAUAGAAACGACAGUAACUGAAUUUUGGCGAAUGGUCUGGCAAGAGCGAGCAUCCUGUAUCGUUAUGUUAACCAAAACAUUUGAUUUCAUAAAGGUGAUGUGCGUGCAAUAUUGGCCAGCAAACAAAGACAAGGAUGAAGAAUACGGCGGAAUUUGUGUAUCAGUACUAAAAGAAGAGGAAUUGGCAAAUUUUCAUAUACGAACGAUAAAACUGUACAAAAAAAACGCAAACGAGGAAAUAACGGAAGAAAGAACGCUGCUACAAUUCCACUACACUGAAUGGCACUCACACACGUGUCCGUUUAGCAACGCGGUAUUAGAAUUCCGCAGACGUGUCCGGGCAGUCGUUGGGUCUACUAUCAAAAACGAGUCAGGUCCAAUGGUGGUUCACUGCAACGACGGCGGUGGACGGUCUGGAGUGUAUCUCGCCAUAGACGCGAAUAUGGAGCUCGCCGAAGAGGAGGACACUUUUGACGUCUUCGGAUAUCUGAAGAAACUCCGUCAAAGUAGGCGGGGGCUGAUAGAAAGUUUGGACCAAUAUAAAUUCGUGUACGACACCCUCGAGGAGUUUGUUAUAUGCGGAGCAUCGUGGUUUCCAGUCUCUGAGCUUUCUCAGCGGUUAAAGCAGAAGAGCGUGAAGAAUCCAAUAACUAAGAUGAACGAGUAUCAACGAGAGUAUCAACAGAUUUGCAAGCAAACACCUCGAUUUACGAUUGGUGAUUGCGCUGGUGGGCAUCGUGCUGACAACAGGGAAAAAAAUCGUGAUGUUUUAGUUGUUCCACCUGACAAUUUUCGGCCUUAUUUAACAAGUUUUCAAGGAAACAGUUUUACAGACUACAUAAAUGCUGUUUUUGUUGACGGUUACACAAAACCACGGGAAUACAUAGUAACAGAAUGGCCAUUAAAGCACACUUGCGGUGAAUUUUGGUCCUUAGUAUACGAUUACGAGUGUUCAGCAGUAGUAAUCCUGUGUGUGCCGCCCACAACUUCAACAAACUUUCCUAGCUUCUGGCCUGAAGGAAAGCACUCCAAGAAGUACGGACCUGUCUUCACAAUAGAUCACAUCAGCCAUAAUCAUUACACCAACAUUAAAACUUGGAUAUUCCGGAUAAACAAAAAAAUAGUCUCACUGACGGAGUUGAUGGCCGGAGUAAAAGCACCUCCAAAAACGGUCCAGCUGUUCCAGUUGACAUGUUGGCCGAUGGGUCAAGCAGUGCCUACGUCCACCAACAGCCUGGUCGAGCUGAUGAACAUGGUUGAAAGGUGGAGACAAAAGGGAGAUUACGGCCCAGUGUGUGUCGUUUCACCUGACGGAAGAAGUCGCUGCGGCGUUUAUUGCGCUGCAAAUGCUUGCAUUGAGCAAGUUAUUCAGCACGGUGAAGUUGAUAUCUUUCAAGCUGUUAAGACUGUACGACGACAUCGCCCUCAGCUUGUUGGGAACAUGGGUCAACCCCAUUUUGGGCCAUAA